AUCGUACUCAUUUUGAUCAAUUAGGUCAGUUACUUGGGUGACAAAUCGACAUGCAAUUCAGAUUUUGGGCACUAAGAUUUGACAAGGUGGGGAGUCAAUGCCACCAGUCAUGUUUCGUGACUUCUCUACGUAGGUUCAGAGAAGAUUGGAUUCAGUUGUUCUUACGGGUCCUGCUUGGGAGCUUAGGGCAUGUGUAAUGCUAUACCUCAGCUAUCUUUAAGCCUUGUCACAAUUUUUUUUGGCGAUUUAAAGAAGAGAGGAGGAACAUGGCUUAGGCACAAGAAUAUAGGAAAAAGAGAUGUAUAGACAAGUUAGAGGCAAUGCAUUAAGGGAGACUAUCUCUUAUGUUCUCUCUAGAUGAUGUGGACGCUCCAUUAGAGAUGCCCUUUUGCAACUUUGCUACCUGGUUAAGUUUAAGCAUUCCUUGGGAAAUUCAUGAUUGGAUCUGUUGCCGUCACCUUUUGCACAAGUAUAUGUGUAUAUGUACUUUGCAAUUAUGAGCUAGGAAUCAUGUUUAAAGAAGGUAUUUGCUGCAAAGCUUUUAACCGUGACAUUGGCCUCUCCAUUCGGAAAGGUGUACCUACCACUAUCAACAACAAUACUUGACGGGUUGAAAGUAAGUCCAAGAGCCAUUAGCGAAAGAUCACUGGAGUGACAUUUUCUCAACUGGUGAAUAUUGUUGUAGCAUCAGGUGUGUUACUUACCAUAUUCGCAUUGUGCCUUACCUGUAUCACUUAUCCAUGCGGUGAAUACUUACAAUAUCCCCUUUGAGUGGUUACACUGAUUGUUGUGAUCAUCCUAUUGUCUCUCUUCGUUAAUUGACACUGCAGUGCCCCCAAGAGGUGCGCUUCUAGCUCCUUAGUCGCCUCUUGGUUUAUUCUGGACUCUGUACUGGAGCUAUUGGAAUCUUUUGUAAAGCUUUUGGCCUUGCAAGAUGCAUUUUAUUUCUGUCCUUUGGGACAGGUAUUUGUAGCGUAAGAUAUGGUGGCACGUUACAUGGUGAAUUGGUGAUAUUUACACGGCCAAUGAUGGGAGACUGGGUGAAAUUCAGCAAAUCAUUCAGGUUUGGUUAGCCCUGAUUCCAGGUCAUGCAUUCUUGUAUCGUGUCACGAGCAUUUCAGUGCCAGCAAAUUUAGGGCUCCAUCGUAGCAUCACUGUAUUUCAUCUGUGUGCUGAACAGAUUGUAAGUAGGCAUCACCCAAGAGUGAAAGGUAGAUUUCGUUGGACGGCCCAGAUCAAGCGACAGCAGUGUUUCUGACGGCCGCGAUAGACUUCUUGGGUGCGUACCGGAGCGUCGAUUUCCGAUCCGACGGCUCCGAGACGCGUGAAGCGUCAGGGCUGCAGGCCAAGACGCUCCACGAGCCCGCGAUGCUGCUGGUGCGGACGCUGCUCCGGCGCCGGCGGCCGCCGCUCCCUGUCGCCGCCACAGGCUUCUUCACCAGCUCCGGAAGCGACGCCCUCGCGCCUCCGCCGCCGCGUCCUCCUGUACUGGAGUGGCCCCACUAUGAGCCGGAGCAGGAGGGCUCGCUGGCGCGGCGGCUGGAGCGGGCGGCGUCGGUGGGCGCGGCCAUGCGGGGUUGGAUGGCCGACGGCCGCGCUGUGCACCGCGGCCACGUAUUCCACGCCGUCAACCGCCUCCGACGCCACCGCCUCCACCGCACAGCCCUCCAGGUCAUGGAAUGGAUCAUGAGAGAGAGGCCCUACAAGCUGAGUGAGCUUGAUUACUCAUAUUUCCUGGAGUUCACAGCUAAAGUACAUGGCAUUUCUGAAGCCGAAAGCCUCUUCCUCCGCGUGCCCCAGCAAUACCAGAAAGAGCUGCUCUACAACAACCUUGUCAUGGCUGCUUUGGAUAUGGGUCUGAUUAAGCAUUCAUACGCUUACAUGAGGAAGAUGAGGGAAUUGUCCCUGCCGAUUUCUCCAUACGUUUACAACCGACUGAUCAUCCUCCAUUCUUCACCUGGGAGCAGGAAAACUGUAUCCAAGGUCCUUUCUCAGAUGAAAGCAGAUCGUGUGACCCCUCACACAUCAACUUACAAUAUCAUAUUGAAAAUACAGGCCAAUGAGCACAACAUUGAUGGAGUAGCAAGGGUGUUCAAUGAUAUGAAAAGAGCAAAGAUUGAGCCCAAUGAGAUCACUUAUGGCAUUCUAGCAAUCGCACAUGCCGUAGCGAGGCUAUAUACUGUUUCCCAGACAUAUGUAGAAGCUAUCGAGAAUUCCAUGACAGGUACUAACUGGUCUACACUGGAAAUUCUUCUCAUCUUGUACGGAUACCUUGGGAAGGAAAAGGAACUAAAGAGAACAUGGGAGAUCAUGCAAGGGCUCCCCCAUGUUCGAUCUAAAAGUUUCAUACUAGCAAUUGAAGCAUUUGGAAAGGUUGGCUUCAUUGAACAGGCAGAAGAGAUAUGGCUGGAGAUCAAAUCUUCAAGGAAUUUAAGCCUUACAGAACACUUCAAUUCAAUUUUAUCAGUUUAUUGCAGGCAUGGCCUCAUGGAUAAAGCAUCCGCCGUGUUCAAAGAAAUGAGGGCAAACGGUUGUCAGCCGAAUGCUAUCACUUAUCGACACUUAGCAUUGGGUUGCUUGAAGUCAGGUCUUGUUAAAGAAGCUUUGAAAACAAUGGAUAUGGGAAAGAAAGAAGUUGUCACGAAGAAGGUGAGAAGUUCAACACCAUGGUUGGAGACUACACAUAUGUUGCUUGAAAAUUUUGCAGAAAUUGGUGACCUGGAAAAUGCAAAGAUGGUUUAUGAAGAACUGAAUGAAUCAAAGUAUUGUAGGAAUUCCUUUGUGUAUAAUACCCUUCUAAAAGCUUACGUGAAGGCAAAAGUUCAUGAGCCGGAUUUGGUAAGGGCAAUGAUUUUGAGAGGGGCAAUGCCUGAUGCGGAGACAUAUAGCCUUCUGAGAUUGAUAGAGCAGUUCAAGAUAUAAUGCUAUCUGUACACAAACCGUCUGCUGUUGUAAGGAGUUCAGGGAUUAAAAGGGAAAAAUGAAACCGUGCUGAACUGAACCAUACAAAGAUCAGUAGAGAACUUGUAAAAUCACAUGUUGCGCCCAGUUGUCAUUUGGUAGUGGAUUUGUUGCAUAGUAAUAUCUACAUGUGCACAAUCCUAAUGGUGAGGUGCAGGUUUUGCUAUCCUGAACAGUUUUCCUGUUGUAAAACUUGCACGAUCCAAAUAUUGAAAAUGUUGUUUCC